AUGGUCGCCGCUCCUCCCCCCGUCAAGGAGAAGGUCCCCAUCAAGGACUUGCAGAAAGUCUUCCACUACACCGACACCCUCACCCGCAAGCCCACCCGCGACAAUGACCCUUACGAGUACCUGGCCGGCUGGGGAAACCGUCACCAGUCUGAGGUGAUCCCCGGCACGCUGCCGGCCGGCCAGAACAACCCCAUGGCCCCUCGCUUUGGCCUGUACACUGAGGGCAUCACCUACUCGGCCUUUGCCGCCCCGCGACAUGCCAACUUCAGCACCUACAUGUACCGCGUCAGGCCGGCCGCAGCUCACAAUGGCUACAAGACCAACAUCGAGACCAAAGCCCACAUUGAAAACUGCUUCCUCUCCCUCAACCCCAAGGUCGAAUGUCUCGUGCAGCAGGCCGAAUGGGCGCCCUUCCCUCUGCCCUCCGAAGACGAGCGCAUCGACUUUGUCGACGGGCUGCACACGCUCGGUGGCAGCGGAGACCCCAACCUGCGCGAGGGCAUCGCGCUGUACGUCUUCAUGAUCAACGCCGACAUGGACCACCGCGCCUUCUGCAAUGUCGACGGCGACUUCCUCAUCGUCGCGCAGCACGGCAACCUCGACAUCCAGACCGAGAUGGGCAAGAUCUUCCUCCAGCCCGGUGAGAUCUGUGUCAUCCAGCGCGGCAUCCGCUUCGCCGUCCGGCUGGGGCCGGGCCACAAGGAGGCGCGCGGUUACAUCGUCGAGGUCUGGGGGUCCAUGUGGGAGCUGCCGGACCUGGGACCCCUGGGGGGCCACGGCCUGGCCAACCCGCGGGAUUUCCUGUACCCGGUGGCCUACAUCGACGAGGAGCUGCACGAAAACUGGACGAUUGUCAACAAGAACAACGGCAAAUACAACGCCAUCGAGCAGGACCACAGCCCGUUCGACUUGGUGGCCUGGCACGGCAACGUCGUGCCGUACAAGUACGACUUGACCAAGUUCGCGUCGCAGAACGCCACCAGCGUCGACCACACGGACCCGUCGGUCAACUGCGUGCUGACGGCCAAGUCGCGCGACCCCAACACACCGCUGGCCGACUUCCUCUGGUUCGGGCCGCGCUGGGACGUGGCGUCCAACACGUUCCGGCCGCCGUACUUCCACCGCAACUCGGCGACCGAGUUCCUGGCGUGCCUGUACGGGCAAGGGCUGGGCCGGUCGGACGAGUUCCUGCCGGGCGGCGGCAGCGUCGAGGUCAGCCACACGCCGCACGGCGGGUUCAGCGAGGCGUAUGUGUAUGAGAUGCGGGUGCAGGAGAACGAGCCGCGGCGGAUUCUCGAAAACCAAAUGACCAUCAUGGUCGAAAGCAGCCGGACCUUCCUGUUCACCGAGUACGCGCGCGGCGGCUGCGGGACCUUCCACUACCAGGGGACAGACCCGAAGGUGUGGGAUGUGUUGCCGGACAAAUUCUCCGCAUACCCGGGCAUCAAGCAGAUCCUGGCCGAGGUCAAGGCAGACAAGGAGGCCAAGAAGCGGCGGCUCGAGACGUUCUACGACGACGAGAAGCUGGCGGAGCUGGUGCAGAAGACGGGGAUUGUGAAUGGCAGCGGCGCGUAG